AUGACCCGCCUCCUAACCCCCCUCCUCCUCCUCGCCUCAACAGCAACAGCCCACUUCUCCAUGACCCUCCCCAAACCCCUCGGCGACUCAGACGACAACGAGGCCACCGCCCCCUGCGGCGGCUACACCGCCUCCUCGUCCUCCGCCGCGACAGACUUCUACGUCGAGGGCGACGCCAUUGGCAUGGAAAACGGUCACCCGCAGACAAACUGGCUCUUCCGCGCCACGCUCGACCAGACCGCCGCCUCCGGCUGGACGCAGCUGUUCCCGAUCGUCAUGCAGACCGGCCUCGGCAACUUUUGCGAGCCCAAGAUUGCCGCGCCGGGGAACUGGACGGGAAAGAGGGGUGUUGUUAGCGUUGUUGCGCAUUCGCCUGAUGGGCUUUUGUAUACUUGCGCCGCAGUAAACUUCGUCUCCGGCACAGCCCCAACCCGCUCAGACUGCAAAAACGCAACAGUCACCGUCGACUUCACCUCAGACUCCACCCUCACGGCC